AUGCAUCUUCCAAAACUCCCGCCGAAUGCAUCUUACAUUUACUUGAACAAUCCCCAAAGACGCAAUGCUUUGAGUAUUGCUGUACUGCAAGAGCUAAAGAACAAGCUCGUUCAGUCUUUCACGUCGCCUUCCUCAGGACAGCUUCGCAUCUUGCCACCAUUCAAGAAAGACAUUCUCUCUGAUCUAGAAUACGCUGCGAGACGAGAAAACAGAGAAAGCGAACAAUGGAAGAAAUAUGGAUGGCUAGUCGAUGCUUCUGAGUGGCGCAAAGAGCGUGCCGGAUUGCCUGACGUCUUGGUUCUGCGCAGCGAAGGACCUGUCUUUUGUUCAGGGCAUGAUCUCAAAGAACUCAGUACAAUGAGUCACGAUGAUGUCAAGCGUCUCUUCACUCUUUGCGCCGAGAUCAUGACCCUGAUUAGAAGGAGCCCGGCGAUUGUUGUGUGCCCGAUCCAAGGCCUCGCCACUGCAGCUGGAUUUCAGCUUGCCAUGACAACUGACUAUCCCAUAUCGUUGGCGAGUACCGAGUUUUCUUUACCAGGGGCCAAGAUUGGCUUACCAUGCACGAGCCCAUCGACGGCAGUCUCACGACGGUUGCCCCCAGGCCAAGCAUAUCGGCUUUUAGUGACAGCGGAGCCUGUUACAGCGGCAGAUAUUCCAGGCUCAGUCGACGUCGUUCGGGUCCCAGAUGAUGCGCAACUGUCUGAAAAGGCUGCUGCAUUUGAGGGUCGAGUUGAAGCGGUUGUCAAGCGGCUGGCAGGGAUGGCAGCACAGCCACAAGCUCUGGGGAAAUGGUCGUACUGGACGCAACUGGGUAUCAAAGGAUCGGAAACGGAUUCUAAUGGAACCACCGAGUUUGGUGGUGACGGCUAUGAAGCUGCUGCCAGCUGGGCAGGGAGAGCAAUGGCGUUACAUGCAAAGAGUACCGAUGCCAAGGAGGGGAUUGAUGCAUUCUUAUCCAAGAGAACUCCGUCUUGGACUAGUCGAUUAUGA